GCUGAGGACAGAUGAGUGCUGAGCGCCGACAGGGAGGGGUUGCAGCCGCGCUUCAUAGACGCUCCUUACUCACUGCAGCUGUGCUUUAUAACUGGACUCUGACCGAGCAGCAACUCCUCUCCCUUUAGAAAUUGGGGCUCUGGCGUGCACUUUCCCACCACUUUUCUGUAUCAGCAGCGGUCUCCUCCAAGUUUUUUGCCGGCGCAAAAGCCUGUGCUGCGAACAGGUUGGAGGGAAGAGACAAGAGACAUCCCCGCUGCAGUCUUCAUUCAUUUUUGUCUUUUUUCUUUUUUGAAUUGAUUAAAAAAACCAAAAACAAACUUGGCCAAGAUGAUGAUAAUCAUCGCGGAGUUCUUCGUGGUUAUCCUGAAGGUGCUCUGGGCGUUUGUGACGGCCGGAGCCAAGUGGGUGGUGCGGCCGAAGGAGAAGAGCGUGGCCGGCCAGGUGUGCGUGAUCACCGGGGCCGGCGGCGGCCUCGGCCGCCUCUUCGCCCAGGAGUUCGCCCGCAGGCGAGCCAUCCUCGUCUUAUGGGACAUAAACAGCCAAAGCAACGAGGAGACGGCGGAGAUGGUGCGGCAGAUUUACCACGAGUUAGACACUCCCAGCCCCAAAGACGGACCUGUCGGGGGUGUAGAGGAAGUCCCCACUUUCCAGCCUCAAGUCUACACCUAUGUGUGUGACGUGGGGAAGCGUGAGAGUGUGUAUUCCACGGCGGAGAAGGUGCGACGGGAGGUGGGAGAAGUGGACAUACUGAUCAACAAUGCAGGUGUGGUCUCGGGCCACCACCUCCUGGAGUGUCCCGAUGAGCUGAUCGAGCGCACCAUGGUGGUCAACUGCCACGCACUCUUCUGGACCACCAAGGCGUUUCUCCCUAAGAUGCUGGAGCUGAAUCACGGUCACAUUGUAACUGUUGCCAGCUCCCUCGGUUUAUUCAGCACAGCUGGAGUGGAGGAUUACUGCGCCAGUAAAUUCGGUGCCAUCGGGUUCCACGAGUCUCUGAGCCACGAGAUUAAAGCCUCGGAGAAGGAGGGCAUCAGCAUGACCCUGGUGUGCCCUUACCUGGUCGACACGGGAAUGUUCAAAGGUUGCAGGAUAAGGAAGGAGAUUGAGCCUUUCCUGCCUCCUCUGAAGCCAGAAUUCUGCGUAAAACAAUCCAUGAGGGCCAUCCUCACAGACCAGCCAAUGAUCUGUACGCCCCGCAUCGUCUACAUGGUUAACUUCAUGAAAAGCAUUCUGCCUUUUGAGGCCAUCGUGUGCAUGUAUCGGUUCCUCGGCGCAGACAAGUGCAUGUACCCUUUCCUAGCUCAGAGAAAGGAGGCAAUGAACAACAAUGAGGCCAAGAAUGGGAUCUAGUGGACACCGUUUGCAACAGGGGCAUUUUAAACCUGCCAGCAUGAGGAAACAACCACUGAGGAUGAAGAUGGGGAAGAUGAAAAGAAGAGAAGACUGAAUCUAGACUGGUGCACUUGCAUUGAGCAAAUGCAAAGGUUUACCAUAUUGUUCCUCUGGAACAAAGAAAGCUGUGUACUACACAAAGGAUUUAUUUGUUGUGUUUUUUUGUUUGUUUUUUUUUUUUAAAUCCAACAUCUAUAUACUGUCACUAGUUUUGAAAUCAUACAAAAAGGUAUCCAGUAAUUAACUAUUUACAUAAUGUAGUCACCAGCCUUAUCUAGUGUCAUUGUGGAAAUAUACAGUAUGUUACUGUACAAACAGUAAUCUUCCACUUUAUUUUUGUAGACAUGCACUGUAAUUUGUUUUGUUUUUUUGGAUGUAAACUUUUUUUUUUUUUUUUUUACACUGCCAGUGUUCUCUGCAUAGGUUUAACUGCAAUUCAAACUCUCCAACAUCUCCCCACCCAGAGGCUCUUUUAAAGCCCAGCUUGCACAGCUAUUCAUGCUUGAGAAUAGCUUCACAAAAAAAAGAAGAAAAACAUGUCCCAAUCAAAGUUGGCAAUAUUCCAUUUAUAUUUUGUUAAAUACUUCAACCUUAGAGACAUGUAGCCUAUUUUGAUGUGGCGCGAGCACUCCAGAUGGGGCAUUUAAUGGCCAGGAAGUGGCUGACUUCACCUUCACAGGAGUUUCCAGACGAUGUCCCUCCACUCAUCAGCCGAUCCAUUUUAAAAAACCUCUCGAAUGAAAAGUGCAUGAGACAGUUGGCAUCCUGGGUUGAAUCGGCAUGUGACAAAUUUAGAAUGUAUUGCUUGAGGAGAAAUUUAUAUAUUUCUCGUUGUGUUUUUUUUUUUGUUUUUUUUAAGAUCUGUGGUGUUCAUAAUGUAUCUGUUACCAAUAUUGUUUAAAAAAAAAAGUGUUUUCUUUUUGUAAACUUUAAUUGAAAGUGUUGUCCUGACACUGAUGUGUGGUUGAGGAGAGUGUUAAAUGACACUAGAUUUCUCUUCUCCUUGUCUCUGAAAAGCCCACUCCUGACAUUUGUCCAGUUAAAGUGAAUUGUAUACAUUUUAAAAUGUUGUGAACACUCCAGUCUCCCAAGAAAAAUCUCCUGACCACAUUUCAUGUUUGAAUAUUCUAUACCCCUGAAGAGUUUUUGAAUUUCAGCUACAGUACAUUCCAAUAGGCAUCAUUCCUUCAGUCACAGUGAUGAGCCUAAAUUCUCUACCUCUUAAUUUUUGCCGUUUUUUUUGUGGACAGUGUAACAUAAGCCUCUUUUUGUAAUAUUCUGAAGACUGCUCCACAGCAGAGCAAAUGUGGUUCCAAUGUUUAGUGUCUCUACCUAACUUAAAUUAAUAAAGUGAUUUAGAUUAUUA